AUGAAAACAUUUGAAACUUAUAGCCUAUUCUAUAAACUUUGCAAAUAUCAGGGUGAGAAGCUUUUGAACGGUUUAGGUGGCAUGUUCUCUAAGCCAUGGAAGCCAAAGAAGACACGAGAAAUUAAGGGGCCUGUUAUCACCUCAGAAAUGUUUGGAUGGAUGUCAAUUGGAUUUUACAAUGAUUUGAUUGUUUCAUGCAUUGCUUUGGCAAACAAGUCAUCUAAUAAAAGUGAAAACCACAAGAAGCAGAGAGAAAAGUUGGGUCUGGCCCCUGUACCUAAAGCUCAGCCGGGAAGUAGGACACCUCCUCCUGAACCAACUAAUGCCAUACAGAAAGUUGAGCUUGAGAAGGCAAAGCAAGAUGAUGCACUUUCAGAUCUAAGUAAUAUCUUGGGUGAUCUAAACUGCAUGGCUGCCGAGAUGGGAUCUGAACUUGAAAGACAAAAUAAAGCUCUUGAUCAUCUCCAAGAUGAUGUGGAUUAA